AUGUGUACCAGCCUGACCACGUGCGAGUGGAAGAAAGUCUUCUAUGAGAAGAUGGAGGUGGCCAAGCCGGCCGACAGCUGGGAGCUCAUCAUAGACCCCAACCUCAAGCCCAAUGAGCUGGCCCCCGGCUGGAAGCAGUACCUGGAGCAGCAUGCCUCGGGCAGGUUCCACGGCUCCUGGUGCUGGCACACCUGGCAGUCGCCCCACGUGGUCAUCCUCUUCCACAUGGACCUGGACGGCGCCCAGCGGGCGGGCUCGGUGCGCAUGCGCGUCUUCAAGCAGCUGUGCUGCGAGCGCGGGGCGCGGCUGGACGCGUCGAGCCUGCUGGAGGACACCGAGAGCCUGGUGGGCAACCUCAUCACCAGCCUGCGCGAGCAGUGCUACGCGGAGAGCGGCGGCCGGUGCCGCAUCCACGUGGCCAGCCGCCAAGACAGCCGGCGGCACCGCGGAGAGUCCUGCGAGGCCUGCCAGGAGGGCACCGUGCACUGGAAGCCCAGCGAGAAGCUGCUGGAGGAGGACGCGACCUUCUCCGGUGCCUCCAAGCCACGGGCCCAGGAGGCAUCGGGCUACAACUUCUCCCUUCGCUGGGGCCUCUUCUGGGCCUCACUGUGCCUGCUCAUUGUCUACCUGCAGCUCUCCUUCCGAAGCUCGACCUUCCUGUAG